CGACAACGGAGCAGCGCCAAUGGCAGCCACAUAUCCGUGGAGCAACCGUGCAGGAUGACAGCUACAAGGUUGAAGUAGUUCACAUAGUGGAGUGUGCAAUUCUACAGCCUACUCAAAGAGUGUCCAGCAAUGAGUGAAAUUGCCUCGUUACAGCCAAGGUGAGGAUGAAGCAUGGGGUGUGAAUCAGAAACGUCGAGGCAAACGUGACAGUAUGUUCUGCGUCGUGGAGACUCAAAAUGGAAAAGCACCCAUGCAGGGAGGAGAACAUUGACUCAAGUGGGGCCCAACAUGCCACCGACAAGCCUGAGGAUGGCAGCUCGGAAAGUGAUUCAGAGGAGCAGGAGUGCCAGAAGGUUCAGGUGAACAACAGUAGCUGUAAGAAGUGGGAGCCCCUGGCUGUCACAAAGCCCCAUCGUCAGCUGUGUCGCUCUCCAUGCCUCGACCAGCCCAGUUUUUCCCAGAGUAGCACAGUGCAAGACGUCCACGAGGAUGACAAUAAUGCGGGUCCAGCGAUCCAAACAGCCAGUGACCGAGAGUACCAGACGAAAAUGGACUUUGCUUUGAAGCUGGGUUACUCGGGGGAGCAGGUAGAGACAGUGCUCAACAAACUUGGGGCAGCUGCACUUAUUAAUGACAUUCUUGCAGAGCUAGUAAGACUUGGAAACAAAGUGGAGCCUGAAUGUCACCCUUGCAGCAGUGCAGUCACGUCACUAUCACGUACACCCUGCGUUAAAGAGGCUGUGAGUCCUGAAGUGUCUGUGGAAGAGGAAUCUGUGGAAAUGUAUGAUAAUCUCCGGCCAAUUGUUAUCGAUGGCUCAAAUGUGGCAAUGAGCCAUGGAAACAAAGAGGUUUUCUCUUGCCGUGGCAUCCAACUGGCUGUUGAGUGGUUCCUAGAAAAAGGGCACAAAGACAUCACUGUGUUUGUCCCAGCCUGGAGAAAGGAGCAGUCAAGGCCUGAUGCUCUUAUUACAGAUCAAGAAAUAUUACGCAAGCUGGAAAAAGAGAAGAUCCUGGUUUUCACUCCAUCUCGAAGAGUCCAAGGCAGAAGAGUGGUCUGCUACGAUGAUCGCUUCAUAGUGAAGCUGGCUUAUGAUUCUGAUGGAAUUAUCGUGUCAAAUGACAAUUACAGAGACUUGCAAAAUGAAAAACCAGAGUGGAAGAAGUUCAUCGAGGAAAGGCUUCUUAUGUAUUCAUUCGUCAAUGACAAAUUUAUGCCACCUGAUGAUCCACUGGGAAGACACGGUCCAAGCUUGGAAAAUUUCCUUCGCAAGCGUCCGGUUGUUCCAGAGCAUAAAAAACAACCUUGCCCAUAUGGCAAAAAGUGCACAUAUGGACACAAGUGCAAAUACUAUCAUCCGGAGCGUGUCAACCAACCACUACGGUCAGUGGCUGACGAACUGCGGGCUUUUGCUAAACUGUCUGCCGUGAAGACAAUGAGUGAGGGGGCCUUAGCUAAAUGCGGCACUGGUGUUGCAAUUGUGAACAGAGACAGCACCUCUGAAGUCAAGCGUGUGGCACCCAAAAGGCAGUCCGACCCAAGUAUCCGCUCAGUGGCCUGCGAGCUUUCAGAAACGCUCUCCGUUGUCAGGAAGUCUGAGACAAAUUCAGUGCCUUCCCUUGUGAGUGCUCUCAGUGUGCCCACGAUGCAGCCUGCUAAGAGUCAUGCUGCUGGGGCCUUGAACACGCGAUCCGCUAGCAGCCCAGUGCCUGGUUCUUUGCAGUUUUCGCACAGCUCACUGGAGCACAUGUCUAGUGUACAGUACCCGCCCAUUUUGGUAACUAACAGUCAUGGCGCUUCUGUUACAUACAGUGAGCAGUUCCCAAAGUAUGACUCGGUCAGCGACCAUGGCUAUUAUUCCCUGCACAGUGAUUUCUCAAACCUGAGCAUGAGCAGUAUGCACAACGUCGACAGUUUCUGUAGCAUGGAGCACGAACAUAGUGUGUGCCAGAGAACUCGCAGUCACUGUCCUGAGUCCUGUCUCAGCCACUCCAACAGUGACUCGUUCUCCUCUUACGGCGACUUGUACCCCAGCUCUGUGGACGGUAGCCUGGAGGACAGCAUGAAGGGGCCACAGCAAUCCCCUGCACCAGGGAGGAUGCAGACUUUCUCCCAUGGGUUUCGACACGACGUGUUGACUAGGGUUCAGAGUUAUGUACCAGAGGAGCCCAAGCAGGGGCCACGCAAGCAGUCUGGAGCACACCUAGCACCACACCUCCAGCACGCUGCGGUGGGGGCCAGGUCGAGCUGCCCUGGAGACUACCCACUCACUCAGAAUGUCCUCCCUCCGUUGUCCUCGCAGCCGACGCGAUCCCUCGGCAUGACACGCAUGGACAGCAUAUCCGAUUCAAGGCUGUAUGAUAGCAACCCGAUGAGACAGAGGCGACCGCCACUGUGCCGUGAGCAGCACGCGAGCUGGGACCCCUUGCCUUGUGGCAACGAGUCUUACGGAUAUCACUCUUACCCAUUGAGCAACAACCUGAUGCCAUGUUGUGAGCGGGUGAUGGUCCGCAGCAUGCCUGACAAAAUGGAGCAAAUCUGGAACGCACCGUGGGAGAGCCCAACUGCUGCUGAACACCAAGAACGGUAUGUCAUCCCAGACCACCAGUAUCAAACAUAUCGGAACCUUUGUAACAUCUUUCCUGCUUAUGUGGUCCAUUCAGUAAUGGAGAAAAACCCUCAUUUGACAGACCCCCAGCAACUUGCAGCGGUCAUUGUAACAAAUCUGAGAUCUUGUCACUGAGGGACCUUUCUUUUGAAAUUGUUCAAAUGAAGGCGAUAAAGGAAAUUUAGUACAGAUAUUUUGAUUGCAAAGACAGGCAAUUGAUAAAUGUUGACAAAUGUACAACAUUUGCCCUCAGGAGUUUUUUUAAUGUGUUUGCUGCAAAAUCUGGCAGUUUUUGGCAGUUUAUUUGGUAAAGUUGACAUUUUAAAGUAGAAUUGUAAGAUGGCUUCAUUUUAUGACGUGUGGUGCACUUACAGACUGUUUCAUAGCACAUCCAUUAUACUUGAGCAGGAGAUAUAUCACAUUCAACUAUCAAUUGUACUGUAAAAUGUCAAAUAUCGAUGGGACCUAGUGGACCAGCCAACUAGUUAACCAUCAAAAUUUUAAGUUUAAGUGUUAACCUAUCCCAAACUUGGCCUAAUUACUUCACAUGUUACCACAACUUUUGGAUUUUUUUCCUUCAAGAAUGUUAGCUUUUUUUUAAACAAGCACAAAGGUCCUUUUCUGGUGAUGUGGAUGUGCUAUGAAAUGCAUCCUACAUAUUUCUGGUGCAUUGAACUAUCAAUGAUUUUCUUCAGCUUUGCCUCUGCUGUAAAUAACUAAGUGUUUUUGUGCAUUUUUCUCUAAGACAGGUAUAGAGGGAGGUACACGCAUACCUCCAAGCAUGAACUAUGACAUUUAAUUGCCUUAUAUCUGAAUGACCUCACGCUUUUAGUCAUCGUCUUGCCGGGUUUCAAUGGGCGUACUUGACAUUGAAGCGUCCUACUUUUUAAAUGUAAAGCACUGUCUCAGUAUCUAAAAAGAUCUAUUUUCUCAGUCUCACUUACAAAGCUACUAUUUUGGUAGAAAUUGACAGUGCACAAAGCAAGCCAAAAAAAGGAGAGCUUUGUCUUGCGUAUGGGUACACAUGUCAAUUUAUUUACAUAUAGUCACACAAAAGCCAUUAUGUCAAGUCAUUUAUAAGCUGCUAAAUAAUGCCAAAAAGGUCAUUAUUCUGACGUCACAUUACAUUUUGCUUUGUGUAAUUUGAUGUAUUCAUCAUUUUCCAUUUCCAAUGGUGUAGUGUUUAUUUGAUUGUGCUAGUAAUUUCAUUCAUUCAUUCAUUUUCUACCGCUUAUCCUCACGAGGGUCGCGGGGGUGCUGGAGCCUAUCCCAGCUGUGUUCGGGCGAGAG